GCUACUGAUCAAGAUAAGUUUCACGUCCAGCUUUCUCAGAGCUUUGCUGAAAUAUCAGUCAAAUUCUUGGAAUGGAGAAAUUAAGCAAUAAUUGUCUGACUCAGUGUGACAGACCUGGGCUGAGUGAAUGGAAGAGGCUUUAAUGCAGUUUGAACUCCGAGCCUCUAUCUGAAUCAUUACUUAUUUUAAUUUAUGCAGAAAUAACAGCGGUGCGAGGUUUCCAAUUGAAACGCUCCAGAUGUCUUUAGUUUGCCCAGAUUAAAUUUAAAUCGCUUUAUACUAAAAAUGUGACUUUUUUUUUAAAAGGAUCAAUGGAAGAAAUAUGAAGAUUCUAUUUUUAGUAAUUAGUUCAAACCGUGUGAUCAAUCUGUUCCGUAACAGGAAGUGAACUCUUCUCCAAACUAUGUUCAGAGCAAGGUGCAAUGCUAACUCCUAGAACAUUUUCUUACUGUUCUUUUUAAGGAAACCAUGACAGGAACACUUACACCCUGUUGCGUUUCACACUUGCUGCCUGAGUAUUAGACCUGCUGGAAACCUCUUAGUUCUAAAUUUAAGUUUAUUUUUCGAUUAAACCUGUUGCCAGUGUCAUUUUCAACUCGCCCCUCACCAAGUCAUCUUCCUGAAGGCAGCAGGGAUUAGCUCACGCAGCCGGAUUUGGAGCCCAGUGCGUUGGGAGGGAGGGAGUGUGUAGAGGGAGAGGAUGUGCAACUGCUACGUGUAACUCUCCCUCCGCCCCACUCUAGGCCGAAGUUCAUGAGUUCGCCCAGCCUCUGCGAGCUGGGCAAGAGCGAGCAGGCGGCCUUGGAGGAGCGAGGGACCCAGCAGAGACGCGCCGGCUCCAACGCCACCUGGAACAGCAUACAGAACGCCGUGAUUGCUGUGUUCCAGCGGAAAGGUUUACCUGAUAAUGAACUUUAUAAUCUCAACGAGGGGGUCAGGCAGUUGUUGAAAACUGAGCUUGGAUCUUUCUUCACAGAGUAUCUUCAGAAUCAACUGCUGACUAAAGGCAUGGUGAUUUUGAGGGACAAAAUACGAUUUUAUGAAGGACAGAAAUUACUCGACACAGUGGCUGAAAUUUGGGACUUUUUCUUUUGUGACAUUCUUCCUAUGCUCCAGGCAAUAUUUUACCCUGUCCAGGGGAAGGAGCCCACCGUCCGGCAAAUAGCUCUGCUGCAUUUCAGGAAUGUAAUAACACUAAAUGUGAAACUGGAAGAUGCUCUGUCACGCCCACGUGCAAGGGUCCCACCUUCAAUCAUUCAGAUGCUGCUUAUAUUACAGGGAGUUCAUGAAUCUAAGGGGGUGUCAGGCGAUUACCUGCGGUUGGAGUUGCUGAUACAGAAGGUGGUGUCUCCAUACCUGGGAACAUAUGGUCUACACAUGGGAAAUGAACAAGUUACACACUCGGCAUGUUUUCUGGAAAAGAAGUUCUUGCCACGUUGUUCCAAAUCAAAUGAACUUUUGACCAAGAACCCAGUGGUGCGUUCAAAGAGCUACAACAACCCUAUGCUAACACCUGUCGCAGAGUAUGAAAGUGAAGGAAGCCUGGUAAAUGGCAGUAGCAUCAGAAGGCACUCUGUUUCAGAAAUGACCACUUGCAAUGAGUCUGAAGGCUACUUAAAUCCCUGUGUUACAACCCCCACUUUAGAAUCCAUGUCCAUUAAGACCAGCACAGCAACGAGAAAUCAGUCUCCAGGAGAGGAGCGGACCAGUAUGACAGCCAUAAGUGAACUUCUCCAGUGCAAGACUUUGAGUGAACCCAUAAUCAGCCAACAGCAGGCUGUGUACCACAUUGAGAAUCCAAGAAAUGCCCAGGAUAAUGCCUUUAAAUUGUCAAAUAGCCCCUCAAUGAUACCAGCAACAUCAUCCAGUCCGGAAAGUGGAGUGGACAACAUUUUGGAAUCAGAGGGGAUUUUUCUUGACUUUGGUCAUAGGUGUUCAGAGUCACCAACGUACAACAGAGAGAUGAGCAGACAAAGUGUGGUGUGACAUUAAGAAUGUCAAAGUCAGUAACAUCAUAGUGUAAGAAACAAAGAACCCACAACUGCAAUUAAGCUGUUGCACUGCAAGUUACUUAAUGAGCAAACAUUUUUCAAUUAAUUAAACUGAAGAAAAAGAACUUAACGAUAGCUGAUCUGAAUUUGAAAUAUGACUCCUAGAAUCUAUUGUUAAGAUUGGUGAUACGUAUGCCAGCAACAAAUUUGUUUGAGCCUGAGGCACUGUGCUGUUAUGCACACACAGAACAUCAUCGUCAUCUCCAAACUGUGCAAAGACGGGAGACAAAGGCCUCAUUUUAAAAUGUAUUGCUUUCUCCCUGUCUCAUUCAUCUGUGUCUUUGCAGUGAAGACAAGCUAAUCGAUGAGGAUCGCAGGUGCAUUUGUGUAGUACAACUCUAACAGAGUUGAGUUUAUUCUCAGUUAAUAAUCGCACUAGAUUUGCACCUUGCUGCAAUUCCAGCUGAUGGCAGAAUUGAAAUAUACGUUAGCUCCAAGUGCCAGAAGGAGAUUAUUUUAAUGUAUUUUUAAAGAAAUUAGGACUCAGUGCGAUUAUUUUUCAAGUCCACAAUAUGAAUAGCAAUAUUGAGCAGUACAUCAAGCUUACCUUUUGAUUUAAAAAGCCAGAUGACAUUAACUAGUCUCGACAUGCAUUGAAUAAAGAGCAUUCAUGAAUCAUCUUCAUUUACCUAUUGUAAACAACCAAAAAUACACACAUUUCAAUCAGUUCACAGAGUCAUCAGAUCUAAGACUUGUAAAUGUUUAAAUUCCCCUUGAUUUAUUUAAUACAUUUAAGCAUAGCCUUACACACAUACAAUUUAUAUCUACUGAAAUGAAUAAUAUUUGAGAUUGUAAUAAAAUCUAUUGAACUGAAACUUAAGGCAACUUGGGAGAACAUAAACAUUUCUAUUUAGUUACCUGAGAAUGGGGCAUAACAAAAAUUUCAUAUGGAGAAUUCCAAGUAAGUGCUCCAAAACUCAACUAGCCAUUCAGUAACCAGAGCAAAUGUAUUUUGUUGACACAUGCAGAUAUUUCUCUUCAGUUAACCUGAUGGAAUGCAUGACAUUUUAUGUCAGUGCCCACAUGAGAAUGCAUUUGUCAUUUAAGUGUAACAUAAAAAUAAGUAAAGAAAGAGGGUGAAUCUUGACACAGAUUUUCUCUAAAGUACUUUUCAAAAAAUUUCAAUCUGGGUCAGCUCAGACAAUGAAAUUGAUGCCUUACUACUAUAAUACCUAAUGCAAAGCAGAAUACCUGAAAACACAGUCAAAAUAGAAUCUGUAUUUAUUUAAGGGCAGCAGGGAUAAGCCAAAUAAUUACAGGCCAAAGUCAGUGGUAGAGAUUAAUUUACUCUGAGAAAGGCUGAGAUUGAUUAACGAUAGUUCACAUGCAUUUGUUGGUGGAAGAUCCUGUCUGCUAAAUUUAAUUGAGUUUUUUUAUGGAUGAUAGAAAAGUGGUGAGCCACAGGGUCCUGUACUGUGCUGUGAUACUCUAUGUUCUAAAAGCUGGUCAAGGUUAAAGUUGGAAAAUUCCAACGUGACAAAGGGUGAUGGUGGAAAGCUGUUUUUGUGAUAGAAACCCUUUGGCCAGCGAUAUAGGAGUCAGUGCUUGGACUUUUAGUGUUUGUUACAUGUAUAGAUGUGAAUGCAGGAAAUAUAAUUAUGUUUACAGAAUGAUACAAAAAUUGAUGCUGUUGAUAGCGAGGAGGAGACACAAUGGGCUUCAGAAUGACAAUGUCAGCUGGUAAAUUGGGCAGGCAAUGGCAAUGAAAUUUAAUGAGCUGAUGCAUCUUGGAGAGGGGUCAAAUAAGGAUAGGAAAUGGACCAGGAAUAGUCGGGGCCUGGGAAUUACUGGGGAACAAAGAGAAUUUUGUGUACAAGUCCAAAGAUUCCUGAUGGCGUAGUGCAUUUAUGCAAGAUAGUAAAAAAUGCACAAGAUAUCCUUGCCAUUAUUAGUUGAGCAUAGAAUAUAGAGAACGAUAUAAACCAUUGGUUAGGCCACUGCUGGAAUAUUAUUGUGUCAUUCUGGUUGGAACACUACAGAAUAGUCAUGACUGUUCUGGAGAGGGUGCAGAGGAAAAUGUUUAAGCAUGAAAAAUAUAAUUUUCGAAGAUAGCCUGGGUUUGUCUUCCUUUCAGCAAAGGAGGUCAAGGCAGAAUCUGGCAAGAUAUACAAAAUUAUGAGAAGCAUACAUUUGGAUAGAUGAUACAAAUGAUAAAGACAUGGGUUUAAGGUGAGAACUAGCUGGUUUAGAGGGAAUCUGAUGAGGGUGGAUGCAACCUGCAAGUCUGCCUGAGAAAGUGGUGGAGGCAGGUACUCUCACAACAUUUAGGAAAUAUAUGGCCAAGCACUAGAAUUAUCAAUGCACAGUCAGCUACAGACCAAAUACUGGUAAAUGCAAUUAAUACAAGUAAGUAUUUGAUACAGUGGGCCAAAAGACCAGGUUCUGUACUAUUUGAAUCAAUGACAAAUAAGCAGAUAUUAAAACAAUAGUUAAUUCUGUGGAUUCUGCAUAGGGCGAUGUUUACCUUCUUCACAGAUGAAGCAAUUUAUCAUCUCAUCCUUCUGUGAAGGUUCUGUAUUCAAAGUUGUGAUGAGGCAAGCUUCAUCAUUACUUUUGUUCAUAAAAGGAGAUCUCUAAAGCAGUGUAUUCAUGUUUGUAUCAACAGUUUUAUUCAAUGGUCAUCUCUUUUGUGCUACCCCCUGUGAGUGUGUUGCUUGAAGUAUCAAGCACCUCAGACAACUGAUUUAUUUUAAACAAUUGAGAUUUAUCCUUCAACUCCAAUAUCUUUACCAUGAAUAGACGGCAGUCAUAAUCUCAAGCUGCCAAGUCCGAUAAUAGUAACCUCACCAUAACUUUAAUCAACUCAGUGCAGGCGGGAGUUCAAACCAGAAACAAAUUUAUAUGGUUCAACUGCUGACUGGCUGGAAUUCACAAAACUGGAACUAGCCACGGAAUAUUGACGUCACUGUUGAGCCCAGAUUGUACAGGUGUACACUUGGAUGUUGUGAUUCAUGUUUUUUAUUGUUUGUUAUUUUGUUUUACUGCAUUAAAGAUACAUAACCUACCAUGCACCCUGUACUGUAAAAUUAUAAUGCAAUAAAUAGAUGUGGUAGAAGCUAGUCAACAGACACUUAACAAAAACAUUAGUUUAAAGAAGAGCUAGACGCCUUACAUGACAGGUUACACUAUUUAUGUAUUAAAAUACUGGGGUCUGUGGUGCAUCUGCUUUCCUUACUAUGAAUGUACUCUGUUAUGCGACUGACAUCUAUUUACCAUUGUAAACUGUUCUGCAAAAUGGAUAAAAUGCCACAAUACGCCUGGUGAAGAUUAAUGAACAGUAAAGCUUAAUGGCAUCCAUUUAAGAA